AUGCACGCAAAUCGCUGUCUCUCAUGGGCAUUGACUUUCUUGGUGUUCAACUCCGAGUUUGUCGCUGCUAGACCAUGGCACGAUACUCUCAAUCCUCUAUACUCUCGACUGGAGCCAUGGAUCCCAUCGUCGCUCUUGAAGCGCAGCAAUGUCGACUUGAAUCCGAACGGAACCACAUUUCUAUGGCUCAUCGACGACGUCUUUCAAGGCAAAACUUUCUUCGAUAACUUUGAAUUCUUUAAAUGGGCAGAUCCCACAAAUGGGCGCGUAAACUAUAUCGAUAAAGAUGCUGCCUUUGCCCAAGGACUGGCCUUUGUCACAGACGACGACAAAGUAAUCAUGCAGGGUGAUAACACUACGUGGUUAGAUCGGGGCCAGUUUCGAAACAGCGUUCGAAUUCAAGGACACAAACAGUACAAUACGGGUCUGUUCAUCCUGGAUGUUGACAAAGCACCCUGGGGAUGCGCCGUUUGGCCUGCAUUUUGGACCGUUGGGAUGGGAGGUUGGCCCCAGUCAGGGGAGAUCGACAUUAUCGAAGGCGUCCACGAUAACUCACAUAACCAAGUUACAUGGCACAGCGGAUCAGGCUGCCAUCUUACCCCAAACGCAACCUUCUCCGGUACAGUAGUGGAAAUGGACGGCAAGCAACAUCUAGACUGUGAUGGUCUCCUUCCUGGCAACCCUGGCUGUGGCAUAACAGAAUGGAGUAGGGCGUCUUACGGCCCUCUGUUCGAUGCCCAAGGUGGUGGCGUUUAUGCCAUGAAAUGGGACGAGAAUGGCAUAUCAGUUUGGUCCUUCUACCGCGCCGCCGUUCCUCAGGACAUUACCGACGGUAGCCCAAAUCCAUCAGGCUGGGGUGUCCCUGUGGGUACUCUGUUGCCAACCAAUUGUAAUCCUCUCAGCAAGUACUUCUACAACCAUUCCGUCAUUUUCGAUAUCACCUUUUGUGGUGACUGGGCUGGCAACUCCUACGCUACAUCUGGUUGCCCAGGUACUUGCGAAGACCGGCUCAUGGAUCCAAACAAUUUCGUCAACGCCACUUGGAUCAUCAAUUCUCUCAAGAUUUAUCGGAAGACGAUGCUUAAUACAAGACCCGCGAAUGCCGCGUUCCGUCUCGAAGUUUCUAUUGCACAGCUCGGCGUAUGGGGCAUGUUGCUGUUCGUGUUGUCUGCAUCCGUCCUCUGA